UAGCCUUUUGUGCGGAAUGCUAAUUAUGCUAACAUUUUGAGUUCUAAUCAUCUGUUGUAGUUCAUGUAUCUAAAUGUCCGGGUAUAUUUAUAAUUUUAAUUUACUUGACUGAUCCAUCACCUGUUGUUAGCCGACAAAUGAUCAAACACCAGGAGUUCCACUUCUGUGUUUUUGAGACUGUGACAAGAGCAGCAGUCGUAAUUGGUUUUUAAUUCGCUGCCCUUUCCUUUUGUAUUGUAAUCACUCAAAUGCACUCGUUCCGAAUAGCAUCACAGUCAUGACCUUUGACCCCAUUCAUCUCAACGCCCGUCCUCUGUCUCUCGCUCUCAUGUUCUCCAGUGAACGCUUCUUUGUCAGGCUGAAUAAAAGCGGCUUGCCCAAGUCGCCGGAGAAGACAGAGAGGCAGUGCACACUGUUCGUGGAUUUGGGAAGCAGCGAUUUACGCAAGGACGUCUACAUCGUGGUGCACAUCAUCAGAAUAGGGAGGAUGGGAGCCGGAGAGAAGAAGAACCUGUGCAGCGUGCAGUACCGACGGCCGUUCGGCUGCGCUGUCGUCAGCAUCGCUGAUCUCCUCACUGCUGACUCCAAGGAUGACCACCUGCUCAAGGUCUAUGCGUAAGUCGCAGCAAACAGCCAGGCGUUUUUCUCUGCCUAAAAUAAAAGCAUGAAGUAGUCAUUUAUAACGUGCUGCUGAUGUCACACUUUGUGGUACAGUGUGUUAAAAUUUACAUU